AUGUCGCCGGAUCGUCUUCCCGCGCCGUCCGGCUCGCUCCGGGCGUGCGGGGCGCGCUGCCUGGGGCCGGCCAGCCCCGAGCGGAUCCUCUCGCCCCGCUUUCUCCGGUGCGUGUCUGUUUUACUUUCCGCCGUAGCCGACAGGGCGCAGCGCCCGCGGGCGGGUGUGGAGAGCCCGGCUCGCCGCGGGCUCCCUCCCUUCCCGCCACCUCAGGCCACCCCGCCCGGCGCUGGCGCGGGGCCGGAGGGAGUCCGCGGCGGGCGCCCGGCGGGGGCGGAGGGGCCGCGCCCGCGUGUGCGGAGCGAGGGAGGGCCGGAGGAAGGAGGGAAGGGCACAAAGGCCGGCGGCGGGCGCCGGGGUCCGGCCGGCCGGCCGUGGAGGAGGGGCGCCUCGCGUCCGCUCAUGAAUAUUAACCGAGCCUGCGGCCUAGCGCGUCCCGGCCGGGCCCGGCGCCCGGCCCGCGUCCCCGCUCCUGCUCGCCGCCGCGCCGCGCAAGCUGGGCCAGGCGGGCUGGGAAGGGAGAGAUCUCUCGGGGAGCUGACGUUCCAGCCUUCGAGACCCACUCGGAUUCCUCCUGGCCUGGGAGUCACGCCGAGGAGGAGGGGGACCGCGGUCUGCAGUUGGCCUCGUUAGCUGCCGAGAAGACCCAUCGUCUUUGUUUUUCAAGUCUUGAGAAAUGGACGAAGACGGUGAAGUCAGUUGAAGUCCGGAGAAAUAAAUCAUCGGGGCGUUUUGAAGGGGCUUCAUCAAAACAUUUCAUUCCCUGGCACGUUACUUGUUUCACCAGCCCUGCAUCUCCCGGGAGCCUGGUGUGGAAUUCUUCCCUUUUUGGUGUGUGGUAGCGUUCCUCCCCCCAA